AUGCGCGCUAUGGAUAAGGCGUUUGCAGAUUUGGAAUCGCAAGAGCCAGGAGAAUCGAUUAAUUUUACUGAAACUGAGAAAGAGCAUGGAGUUACGCGAUCCACACUCUCCCGUCGAUAUCGAGGUGUUCAAACUAGCCGUGCAAAGCAGUACGAAAAUCAGCGACUUCUGAAUGAUCAACAAGAGAAAGAGCUUGAACGGUACGAUCGUGGCCGUCAAGACCUUUGGCUGGACAUACAAAACUCGAUAGACCUCGAGCGGUAUCAAAACCAACGCCAGCUAGGUCAACCUAUGCCGACGUUCGAAGGAAUCAGAGAUGGCAGUCCUGGAAAUACUAUGACUCCGAUACGCACCCGGAGUGACACUGGAUUAACCGCUUCUGUUUUGGGGAAUCUCCCAAUCGAUUUCUUCGACCUGCUUAAUGGGGAGGAAUCAAGUUCUGAUAGAAGGGCAAGUCAGACUAGCAAUGGACAGGCAGGAUUGCCAUCUUCACAGCUCCCCCCAGCGGAUCGCAGUCGAUCUAAUGACACAUCUUUUGAGGACCCGUACGGUAACCUUGAACGCACAAUGUCAAACACAACUUCAUUCAACAAUUUUCCCGCUACAGGACUGGCCAUGUCUUCUACAGGAAGCGGUCACGCGUUCGGAACUUCACAAUUUCCUGCCGGUCUCACUCCCCAGCACUUGCAGAACUUCCUGGACAAUGUCUCAAUGUCUUCACCAGAUGCAACGGACUCGCCAGGUACAACCACUUGCGAGUGUCUAGACAAACAGGUCAGAUUACUUUUCCGGAUGGACAAAGUCGAGCAAGCGCAGAAAAAAUCAUCUCCCGACACCGCUCUCGUAGCCGCCCGCGACGCAAUGGAGCAAUGGGAUAGUCUACGUCAGUGCACCGCAUGCGACAAAGGUAGCACCGAGGGCAUCUUUCUCAUGUUUGUCAUGAGUAUGCGAUUUUUAUUGCGUGCUUUGCGGUGCUCCUUUGCAAAUGCAGCAGUGGCUGGGAUGGAUCGAAUAGCUACCCAGCAACGCUCCUCGGUUGAAGAUUCUGCCGCUACAUGCCGCAGCAACUGGCGCGUAUCGAUUGGCAAAUAUGAAGCCGCUGGGGAGGAGCAAAAAAUCACGUCGAGGAUGCUAAUUAUUCUGGCUGUACGACGAAUUGAAACCGCACUGGCUUAUGUGAAGACGCGUCUGCAACAACGGCAGGCUGCAGCACGCCUAGAGACUGAAGGCAACAAAGGGAGGGCGGAAGCUAUUGCAAUAUUUGAUAAACUUAUCCAAGGAGACAAGCGGGACCUUCUCACCGAGAAUGGAUUCGACAGCCAUAUGGGAAUGCUUUUGCAUGGACUGGAGGGAAUUCUUGGUUCAAGCUGAUCUUCUUAAGAUGCUACCAUUGAUAGAACGGCCACAAUUCUUUUACGAAGUCAAUCAAGAGUCUGAAACGUCUAUAGAACCGUAACAUGAC